AAAAGGAAAGAAGAACGUAAUAAAAUGUCACCUGAAGUUGCCUUGAACAGAAUUUCUCCUGCACUCUCGCCGUUCAUUUCCAGCGUGGUCAGAAAUGGAAAAGUAGGACUGGAUGCUACUAAUUGCUUACGGAUUACAGACUUGAAAUCUGGGUGUACGUCCUUGACCCCUGGACCUAGCUGUGAUCGUUUUAAGCUACAUAUCCCUUAUGCUGGAGAAACACUCAAAUGGGAUAUAAUUUUCAAUGCUCACUAUCCUGACCUGCCACCAGAUUUUAUUUUUGGAGAGGAUGCUGAAUUUUUGCCAGAUCCUUCUGCCUUGCAUAAUUUAGCUUCUUGGAAUCCUUCAAACCCUGAGUGCCUCCUUCUUGUUGUGAAAGAGCUUGUGCAGCAGUAUCACCAAUUUCAGUGCAGCCGAUUACGUGAGAGCUCCCGUCUCAUGUUUGAAUAUCAGACUUUACUUGAAGAGCCCCAGUAUGGAGAAAACAUGGAAAUCUAUGCAGGCAAAAAAAACAACUGGACUGGUGAAUUCUCAGCUCGCUUCCUCUUGAAGUUGCCUGUAGAUUUCAGCAAUAUUCCUACAUACCUUCUCAAGGAUGUGAAUGAAGAUCCUGGAGAAGAUGUUGCCCUCCUUUCUGUUAGUUUUGAGGAUGCAGAAGCUACUCAGGUUUUUCCUAAGCUGUACCUCUCCCCUCGUAUUGAACAUGCACUUGGAGGAUCAUCUGCUCUUCACAUCCCAGCCUUUCCUGGUGGAGGUUGUCUUAUCGACUAUGUACCUCAAGUAUGCCAGUUGCUAACAAACAAGGUACAAUAUGUUAUUCAGGGAUAUCAUAAGAGAAGAGAGUAUAUUGCAGCUUUCCUGAGUCACUUCGGCACUGGUGUGGUGGAAUAUGAUGCAGAAGGCUUCACAAAGCUUACUCUGUUGCUGAUGUGGAAAGACUUUUGCUUCCUUGUUCACAUUGACUUACCCCUAUACUUUCCUCGAGACCAGCCAACCUUAACAUUUCAAUCCGUCUACCACUUCACUAACAGUGGCCAGCUGUACUCUCAGGCCCAGAAGAAUUAUCCUUAUAGUCCCCGUUGGGAUGGCAACGAAAUGGCCAAGAGAGCAAAGGCGUAUUUCAAAACGUUUGUCCCUCAGUUCCAGGAGGCAGCAUUUGCUAAUGGGAAGCUUUAGGCAGCUUCAGACACGGAGAUGAUACUAAAGAGAUCCUUCAGCAUACACACGUGAGCUCUCAAGAAGAAUGCCUGGAAAUGGGUUGGACUGUCUUGAUAGAUGUUUUCUUGCGUCUGUCUCAUGGUUUUGGUAGCUUCAGUUUUUGUCAGCUUUUUGAAGCAAAGACCUCAUUAGCAUGCUUAAAACUGAGUAUUUGAUAUUCGUCUAGCUCCUUUGCGUCUGCCACCACCAUUCCUUUAUAUAUCCACUGGAUUAAAUUUAAAAGGAUGUGUUUUGCUGUGAUAUUUCCUUGUGCCAACGAUAUCUCAUAUGUUAAGCCUUGUUUCCUUGUUUUCAGGUGAUGUCAAUUGGAUUAUUUUGUUUAUUAUUCCCCAGAGAAAUACUAUGUAAUAUGUAUAUUUAGCUAACAUUUCCAGCAUAUCCUGAGAAAACAUAAAAUUGCUGUAUGUACCAUGAAUGCCUAAUGGACUGUACAGUGCCAUAUUCUGCCUUGGAGGUUUGCAUCUCUCUGUAGUUUUUACUCUCACAGGUAUGGAUAUGAGUUGCACAGUUCAAUUCUC